CCAGAGCCGAGUUUUAUUCGAGGAGCUGCAGGGGAUGUAGGAGAGGAAAUCUUCGUUUUUCACACUGACAAGACACUUCACAUAUCAAGGUGAAGACUCCUGCAACAUGGACGGCUUUUACGACCAGCAGGUCCCUUUUGUGGUCCCUGAGAGUAGAUGUCACGUGGAGGGAGCAGAGAGAUGUCUCAGCGACAGGAAAAGGAAGUUCAUGGACACAGAGCUGGCUCAGGACACAGAAGAACUCUUUCAAGACCUGAUCCAGCUGCAGGAAAUCUGGAUCGCAGAAGCUCAGGUUCCUGAUGACGAGCAGUUUGUCCCAGAUUUCCAGUCCAAUAAGUUGAUGUUUCACGGACCGCCUGUCAGCAAAGUGAAGAGAGAGCACAGUCCGUGUAAAGACCCGUCUCCCUGCAGAACGCCUCACGCUGACAUGUGCCUUUAUAGUUACAGUGCCUGUGACAACAAGCCAGCUGGGCUCAAAGCUCUGCCUCCAGCCUCCACAGCAGUCCAGUGUGGCUCCACCCAUCCUGCUGGACCUCCACCCGUGCAGAGGCUGUUACAACCUCCGGCCCCCCCGCUGACCAAUAGCUGCCCCCCGAGCCACGUUCCUGCCCUGAGCCCUUCCCACCCCUGCAACCUCCCACAGGCCAACCAGAGCCAGCAGUUCGCUCUGCCGCGCCCCCCCGCCAGCUGCCCCGGAGCGUCUUUCAGCACCGAACAGAGGUUUCAGCGGCAGCGGUCGGAGCCCUGCUUGUCUUUCCUCCCUCAGGAGAAACCGGUGAACACGUCGUACCAACCGUCGAGCCGCGACGGGCGGCCGCUGUACCAACGCCACCUUUCAGAGCCGCUGGUUCCGCCCGGACCCCGGGGAUUCAAACAGGAGCUGGUGGAUCCACGAUACCCAGAGCCGGGGCCUCCUGGUCCGGGACUGGCCCGGCCCCAGGCCGCUUUCAACCAUGUCACCAUCAAACAAGAGCCCAGAGACUUUGGCUUUGACUCAGAGGUUCAGACCUGUCAGUCGUCGUUUGGGAAGUCUCCAGUCUUGUACCAGAACAACAACGUUGCGUUCGGUCCUGACAGAGAGCAACAUGUGUACUAUGACGACACUUGCGUGGUGCCAGAAAGACUGGAAGCAGGCAAAGUGAAGCAGGAGGGUUUGCCGUACCAGCGGCGCGGCUCCCUGCAGCUCUGGCAGUUCCUGCUCACACUGCUCGACAACCUGGCCAACGGACACCUGAUCGUGUGGACGGGACGCAACAUGGAGUUUAAACUCAUCGACCCCGAGGAGGUGGCUCGGCUCUGGGGGCUCCAGAAGAAUCGACCCGCCAUGAACUACGACAAGCUGAGCCGCUCGCUGAGGUACUACUACGAGAAGGGCAUCAUGCAGAAGGUGGCUGGAGAGAGGUACGUCUACAAGUUUGUGUGCAACCCCGAGGCACUUUUCUCCAUGGCUUUCCCGGACAACCAGAGGCCGAGUCUGAAGGCCGACCCGGACGCAGUCCCGCCGCCCGGCGAGGAGGACAGCGUCCCCCUGCCCAGCUACGAGGAGGAGGGUCCGUACCUGGCUGAAGGAGGGGAGCAGUGCGUCCAGGGGCUGGCUUUCCCCGACUGCUAUCCGUACUAGACUCCACAGCCCGGCAGCUGGAUGAAAGCUGAGAUAUUUUACGGGAGGAACCUGAAUUACUGAGCAGUGUUUGAGAUUGAGAUGAAUUUAUCAGAGAAUAUUUUUCACUGAAAGGUGUAGCGUCUCUUUUAGCCGAAAGUAGUGGUUGCAAAAUUGGUUCAUUUGAACUCGUUCGCUGAGCAAAAAUGAAAUUCUUCUUCCAAAACUAUUGUAAUUUGGUCUUAUUUGUUAUGAUGGGUUAGAGCCACUGUUUACAAAAAAGUUGUAAUAUUUUGAGAUGUAUAUUAUAACUCUAGUUUGAGAAUAUAGUUUUAACUUUUACAAGAACAAUAAUUUGACACACACACUAACAGACUUCUGUUUUUUUACAAUUUUCCUCAAUAAUAAUAAUAAUAAUAAUAAUAAUAAUAACUUAUUUUUCCUGUAGAAGCUUCACUCUCGAAAUAUUACAGCUUUUAACGGUUAUACUCUCAUAACAAUCAUUUUUGUUCUUAAUAUUUACAUUUUAUGCUCAAAAUCACAGACGUUCCCCCCCCCUCCCCCUCACAGUGACCCUGCAACCUGCUUGGUUGUAAUUCUGUAGCAUGGUCGUCGCUGUAGUCCUCGCGUACGUGAACUCUGGGAUCUGCAUUUCAACCAAAGUAUCUCAAAACCAUGAAAACUCCUUUUACUAAUGUCCUUCUUAUUGUUUUGUUUUUUGGGGUAAACCUUAUACUGCUUGAAAGGGACACACUUGUAUUUUCCAGAUGUUAUAAUCCUCCUAUAAACUUGUAUAUUGAAAUGUCUUUUGUGUACUUUUUCUUGUUUUCAAAGCUAAUAUUUUUGGCAUUAUAUGAACUUGUAAUUUUUUCCUAAACUGUUUUAUGACAAAGGUACUGCUACUAUUUUUCUGUAAUACUGCCAUUAUAAUGCUAAUAAUAAGCAUGGACUUUCUUACUCCUCAGUUAUUGUACCGAGAUAGUUUUCUGCAUUUUGUAUAGUUGAUUUGCUUCAAUGUGUAGAAAAGGUGUAUAAUUAUAUAUGAAUAUAUUUUUGCAAAAGGCUGCAUUUGCUUGACGUUGUACUAUGAGCUGCAAAGUUUAGCCUGCUAAUGUAUUGUAUUAAUUCCAGCCUCUCCGAGAUGGAUGACUUCCACCCUUUUGAGUCCUGCAGAUGAUGUAAUUGUAUAUUUUACUAUAUGAUCACGUGAUGGUGUGAGUGGUGGUGUAUGAUGGAGGCUGGAGAAAGAUACUGACACUGGUGUGAUGUCUACGCUCAGAUACUGUACGUGUGCCUUCUGUUGAUCUUUACUGAUACAAUAAACAAUUUUACUCUUUU